AUGUCGAGCUCAGGCGAAGCGCUCGUUCUUUGCCUGUACGCCGGAGGCACCAUCGGCAUGGUGCGCAAAGACGCCUCUUCCGGAUUCGCGCCAUACCCGUCUUUCCUCACCGAGACAUUCCGUAGUCAGUCGCGCUUCCACGACCCACACGGCGAUUCGAUAUUUUCAUGGUCCGACUCAGUCGACCGAUACAAGGCGUGGAGCGAGAUUUUCACUCGGCCUGGUUCGGGCGCUUCAACGCCGGCAAAAGGUGCUAACUCGCUGCCGACCGAGCACGACCUUGCGAGUGCAGUAGCAGAGAAGACGGUCAAGCUUGAUGUCAAUGGCUCCUCGCUGCCCAACAAGAAGCGCAAGAGUGAGCACGAUUCGAUCAACACCCCGCUGACGCCAUCUACUCAGACGCAUGUGGAUCAUCUCUACCCCGACACGACUUCACGCUCUCCCUCAGGUGCUACGCCAGCAGGCGCACCACCCUUCGGCCAUCCGGUGCUGGUUCGCUCUUCAGCGCCCAAGGGGACCUCGACGCAUCACGCACACUCGUCCACUUUCUCAGCUGACGGCAAGCACCUCGAGCUGCAGCUUCCUACCCUCAUCACACCCCGCGGCGGCGCCAACGGUAAAAGAGUUCGCUAUGCCGUGCUCGAGUAUGACCCGCUGCUCGACUCGUCUGAAAUGGACAUUCCCGACUGGAUCCGUCUCGCUACCGACAUCUCGCUCAACUAUCAAAACUUUGACGCCUUCAUCGUCCUCCAUGGCACAGACACCAUGGCCUACACCGCUUCGGCGUUGAGCAUGCUCCUCGAGAACCUGGGCAAGUCGGUCAUCGUCACCGGUGCGCAGGUGCCUCUGUCCGAACUGCGGAAUGAUGCGAUCGAAAACGUACUCGGCGCGCUCAUGUUGGCAGGGUCGUACAUCAUCCCUGAGGUCGGGCUGUACUUUGCCUCGACGCUGUACAGGGGCAACCGCACGAGCAAGGUAUCGAACAACGCCCUAGCGGCGUUCGACUCGCCCAACAUGGCUCCCCUUGCGCGCGUGGGGAUCAACAUCGAGGUCGCGUGGAACCUCGUCGAGCGCUCGAGAUCCGUCCAGAGCUUCCGUGCGCACAACCGUAUGUCGCCCAACGUCGCUCUCUUGCGUCUGUUCCCCGGCCUGCCGACGAGCACGGUCAAGAACUUCCUAUCACCCCCACUCCAGGGGGUGGUGCUCGAGUCGUACGGUGCAGGCAAUGCCCCGUCGCGCCAAGAUCUGCUCGAUGUGUUCAAAGAGGCAUCUGACCGCGGAUGCGUCAUCGUCAACAUCACGCAGUGCAUACAGGGCGAAGUAUCGGCGAUCUAUGCCGUCGGUAAGAAACUGGAAGCCGUCGGCGUCGUGGCUGGAGGAGACAUGACGCCCGAAUGUGCGCUCGCCAAGCUAUCAUAUCUGCUGGCGAAAGAAUUGGAGCCUGCCGAGAUUCGAGAGCUCAUGGGCCGGCCUUUGCGCGGUGAGCUGACGAGCACCCGCGGCGGGUCCGCGACAGUGCCGCAAGAGCGCACACCUGCAGGUGCGGGCCCCAUCAAGGCUGACGUCAAGACGCUGCUCGCGCACAUCCUGCAGAACCCGCACAAGGUGCAGACGUCCACCUUGGCGUCUCCCGGCAAGAAACAGCGCACUGGCGGCACACAAGCCGACGUAGACUGGAGCAGCACGCACGGCUUGUCCUCCGCCGCCGGCUGGGACAGCUCCUCGCACGAGGUUUCGGCCGCCUCGCUCGCCGUCCUCCCCUACCUCAUAUACGAAGCCGCUUCGAAAAACGAACUCGCUUUACUCCAAUGGCACCUCUACGCGCUCAACCAACUCGAAACCGUGCCCACCAUCUCGAUCGAUGAAGAGCACUUCCACCCAUCGACGCUCAAUCCUUCCGCGUCGAGCAACGCUACGGGCGAUUCGGCGUCGACGUCACACAUGGUCGGCAGUGAGAACAUCGCAGAGCCGGACUCGACAACGCCUCUCGAGAAGCUGCAGCCGCUGCACGUGGCCAGUGCCAAAGGGUUCACGGGAGUGGUCGAGCAGCUGCUGCAGGCCGGGUGCAGCGUGCACGCGCGACACGUGGCCAGCGGCCAUUCGCCCUUGUUCCUGGCCUGCAAGAACGGCAAGCUCAACACAGCAAAGUUGCUGCGCGAUGCUGGGGCGCAUUUGAAGGAGGACGAAGUGGCGCUGGCCAGAUUCUUGGUGAGCAAAGAAGAGGAAAGAGGCGAGCAGGCGUCCGAGACGAACGAGUACCGGACGAUCUGGGAGGUGGCGGGCGUUACGUUUGCAUAG